AUGUCAUCUUGGUUCUUCUUUCUCCUCUUGGCAAUUGUUCGAUUGCAGGCGAAGGCACACAGUGCUGGCAAGUAUAAACCAAUAUGCAAUGAAAUAAGUCUCUUGAACUCCAGCAGGGCUCGACUCAAAUGGAUCCCGCUAGUGAUGGAAAAUGAAGAGGUUGUCAGUUUUAGAGUUUUCUACUUUCAUGAUGGCGCCCUCUCAAUGACACUCACCUCUGAAAACGAAUUGGAAAUUCCCGUCAAUGAGAACGACACUAUGAUCAGAGCAGUUGUGAGAACUGUUGCCGAAUCUGACGUUUGGACAGGUGAAUACAACGAGGAUCCGAAGGAAUGCAAAUUCAACUCAAAACGAACUGACACUUUUCGACAUCAACUCUCUGAUCCAGACAAGGAGGAUUUUCUGGUUUUAGGUCCAAACCUUCCAUGUUAUGUUACAUUAAGGAAGGUUGGUGCAAAUGUAAUGAUAGUAUGGCAGCCUCCAAAGAAUGUGGACCCUGAUGGCCUACUUUACAAUAUUAUAUAUAACUUUGACAACAACAAAACACUAGAAUCUAAAAUGACUACGGAAAAGAGUUAUUCUCUGUAUAUUCCUCAGAAUGCUCAGGUUGUGAAGGUUGCAGUAGGAGUUUCACCGUACGAAAGGUUGAGUUCAACUGGUGCACCAAUUUUCACUGUCUAUUCCUCGUUUAAAUAUCUGGACUUGCGAGGUAAGACUUUGUCUCAGAGAAGUGGAAACGUCGUUUCCUAA